GCUUACAACGUCAAAGUGACCUUGAGACAUUUUUGUUCAUUAACCAAUCAGAAAGCAGGUAUUAUGGAUGGAUUGUUUACAAUAGAAAACAAGUAGAAUUAGAAUAUUCUAGAGGUUCACUCUACACCAGAAGGAAUGAUGGUAAAAGAUAAGAACCGUCCUAAACCACCGAUGACACCAUAUGCAUGUUUCGUGCAAGUAAUACGUGAGGAACAUCGAAAAAAACAUCCGACAGAAAAUGUUAUUUUCAGUGAAUUUUCCAAGAAAUGUGCAGAAAAGUGGAAGCUCAUGAAUUUGGAACAACGAAAGUGUUUUGAGGAAAUGGCAAAAUUAGAUACGGAGAGAUUCAAUCGGGAAAUGGCUCAUUAUAUACCACCAGUCGGAAUGAAGCGAGGUCGUAGACGGCGACGUAUCAAAGAUCCAAGUAUGCCUAAACGUUCAUGGUCAGCAUUUUUCUUCUUUUGCGAUGCAUUUCGAUCGAAAAUUCGUAGUGAGCAUCCCGAUUGGAAGGUUAGCGAUAUUGCCAAGGAGUUAGGUAGACGAUGGGAAGAGUGUUCCGAUAAAGAGAAAUACGAAAGACGCGCACAGAAUGACAAAUUACGUUAUGAACAAGAUAUGGAGAAAUACAAAGCUGGAUUGUAUGUGGCGACCAAACGUGCUCGAGUUGGCGAUCAGACGAAAUCAAACGAGAUACUGUCAUGCUUAAACAAUCAGUCACAUCAUAAAGAAUUAGGUGAGGCAAGUCAAAUUUCAAAUGAUGAAGUAGGACGAGGUGAUGGAGACGAUGAUGAUGGAGAUGAAGAUGAUGUCGAUGAUGAUGAUGAUGACGAUGAAGAAGAAGAGGAAGAGGGUGAUGGAGAAGAACAAGACGAUGAAGAUAAUGAACAACAACAAUUAAACAGAUCUAACACUCAUGAAAUGCCUGUUUGUGGUGAUCACAAAACACCAGAACAAAUUGUCUCCAGUGAUACAAGUAGUAUUAUUAUAAAUACAGGAAAUUAGAGUAUAUUUAUGUUUAUGUAAAUGUUUCUCACUCUCUCUCUUUUUAUCAUUUCAUAUAUUAUUGAAACAUAUAUUGUCAUUGAUUCUUUGUUGGCCAUUUUUCUUUCUUUUUUACAUAAUGGAGUCAAUAGACCCACCGAUACAAAUGCAUUUAUUCUUUACCCCAUUGCUGACUCUCAUUUAUUUUAUACUUGAUACAUUUUGUUUUCCUUAGUUUUAUAUCGAUAGAUGAUUUUUAAAUUGUGUCCUUUGGAUUGACAAAGAAAACACCUCAAUCGCUAAUAUAUAUAUUUAUAUAUAUAAUACCUCUACUUAUUUCUUACAUCGCUUUGUUUUUUUAUAUGUUAAUUUUUAAUUUUGAUUUCACUAUACGGUCGUCAGGUUGAGUGCUAAUGGUACCAGUUAUAAUAAUAACUAUAAUGAUCAUUAUUAUCACUAUUUGAGUCUCAUAUUUUCAUUGACUUUGCUUUUUUUGCUAGGCAUUUAACUUUCAUCUAAUAUAUAUAACUGAUUUAUUUUGGUUGCUACGAUAGAUAUUUAUGGAUAUAAUUGAGUUUUCUGUAUCCAAUUAGUUUAAAAUUUAUUGCUUUUGUAGAAUAUAUGAAAAUUGUUAACUUUUACAGUCAAGUUCAGCUUUAUAUGUUAAUUAAUGAACUAUAUGUAUGGUGUCAAAGCAAGUAAUAUAUCUGUAGUUCACAAAUUAGUGUUUCUUUUAUUUCUAACUUCUUCAUAGUUUAAUGCUAAGUUGGUGUUUAACAUAAUCAAAUUCUUUCUAAGGUUAUGAAUAUAUUUGUAUAAGAAAAGAAUUUUAUUACUUCUG